ACUAAGUCUUUGCUCAGUCUUCAGGCCUAGUAAUGCAUCGGCGUAUUCACACAGGGGAGCGACCAUUCACAUGUGAUGUAUGUGGCAAAUCAUUCUUGUGGUUAUCGACUCUCCGCACUCACCAAUACAUUCACACGGGGGAGAAACCAUUCAUGUGUAAGGUGUGUGACAAAUCGUUCUUGACAUCAUCGGACCGCCUGUUCCAUCAGACGAUUCACACAGGGGAGAAGCCAUUCACAUGUGAAAUGUGUGGCAAAUCAUUCUAGAGGUCAGCGAAACUCCUGCUUCAUCUGAGGAUCCACACAGGGGAGAAACCAUUCAAGUGUGAUGUGUGUGGUAAAACUUUCUCCCAGUCAUCGUACCUUCUCAUGCACCAGCGUAU